UCUAUGACAUAGGAACACUGAAUGUAAUAAACUGUUCUUUCCUAAGGUUCAAUUCUUAUACAAUGGAUUACUUGAGCUGUAGAAUGUUUCAAUGGACGCUGCUAGUGGUAAGUUUUAAUUAUUUGAGAGCACUUUCAUCUUAUAACGACAGCGCAACAUUAAAAUCGGAACAGACUGUCCAUAGAAAUGUCUCGGACAUAUACUCAGUUCGCUCAAAUUUGAAUAGUGUUAAUGUCACUGUGUUAAACAAUUCCUUCUCGGAUUUUGACCAGAGUUUUGGGAACGAAACAAAUUCAAAUUUGGAGCAAAGACAUUCCUCAACAAGUUACGAGUCUGGAUUAACUUCUAUAGGCAAUAUCACUGGAAACAUACUAGCUGGCAAUAGUUCCAAGAAUUAUGAAAAUGUAACAGAAGAAUACGAAUUAUAUAAUACGACUUUAGUAGAACAUACAACUCCAUAUGAUGAUGAGAGAGUUGAUAUGGCAAACAUUUCGACCAAAUCUUCAGAGCAUACGUCUACUACAGAAAUCGACCAAAAUGUUCCAUACUUCGUACACAAUGAUCAACUGAAGGAAAUGGUUUUGACACACGAAAACGGACAUCAAAGGAUGCCUUUUCAGCAUCAUUUGCAACUGGUCCCAAUGGAUGACGAACCAUUUGGAACCGUGAUUAUGAAGGACAAUCGGUUUAUGGUCAGUGUACUAAUACCAAUCGGUGUGGGGUCAAUUGGAGCGGCCAUGAUUAUUGUCACAGUGCUCUUACUUCGCUACAUCACACGACGCCGGGCGGUUGGAGUUAUGCCAGUUAACGACGACAUCAGUGUGAACGAGCAGCCAUCACGUGUUGGAAGUAUCAGCGGGGAGCAGACAGACAGAGUGUUUCUCUUACUUGGCGAGGAGGAUGAGAUUUGACACCCUUAAUUAAGACGUUGUCUCAAUGGUUGUGAAGCGUAAGGUUCAAUUGGAUGAAGUAAUACUUACUAGGACAAGCAAUGCUAAAGUGAAUAAUAUUUUAUGUAGGACAUUGUCAGCGGAUUAUCGAUGCGUUCCGUAAGACUGGAAAUCAUGGUUUCAAUUAUGUAUAAAGAAAAUUUAUCCUAAAAGAGCGUCCCCUUGGAACGUUAUUACUGGAUUGUGUUAAUCCUAGAAUGUAACAAUAUCUCCCAAAAACAUUUUAAUUAAUCUGACUGGUAGGGACUAAUAAUUAAGUAAGACAUUAAGUAUGACACUCCAUUUACAUUUAUUGUACUGAAUUCAUAUAAUCAGACAUUUUACAUCUGACCGAAAAAUACCUUACCUUGUCAUGUCAUGGUAACGAUGAAGUUCAUAUACUUACAUAAAUAAGUCAUUGUCUCUCAUUGACGUUCAAUAUCCCCAGUAUAUUCAAGACAGAUGAUAAUCAAAUGAAGUGCUAGACCAUCAAACAGGAUGUUAAUAUUCCUAGAGAGAGAUGAUUGAAACAAAAUAUUCCACAGAAUAACCAUUACAAGCGAAAGUGGGAGUCAUUUAUGUCAGCUCGUAAAUUCGUCAACUUUCAAGAAACAGUGAAAGCAUCUAUUAAAAAAAAAUCCUCUCUACUUGCUUCCUGUUACAGAUACUGCCACCCCUGAAUCGAAGAUUAAUCGAAGAUUAAAGAGU